CACAAUGAUUGAACAUCAUUUCUUUUGCACAAUUCAGUGAAAUAUCAUGGAUGUGACAUUUAAUCGAAAACUUCAUCAUUUUCUGUAAUGUGUAUCUUGAGGAAUUACUUGUACCGGUAUGUCCACAAAUGAGAGUGUUACGUAAUACGGGUACUGUGGCAUUUCACGGUGAGGAAUCAAUAAAAUGUGCCUUGGUUAUCUUGGAUCAUCCUUCUGCGUUUUUGGCCACAAAGCAAAUGCAAAGUUGUGACAGAGACUGAAUAGGUUUUAAUAUUUAAAAACCUAUUGAUUUUUUACGUGAAAAUGAACACGAUUGAUGGAAUAUUUAAGUUAAAUUCACGACAAAUGCCCGACUUUCACCGUUUUAUUAUUAACGGUAGUAUCUUGUAUUGAGGUAAUAUUUGAUCAUUCGACAAAGGAAGUCAUUUAGUUUGCGGGACGGUAAGUUGUGGCACUUUGGCUAGCGCUAUUAUAAGCAAAGCAGGAAAACUGCCGUCAUCUGAAGAUCUGGCUACGGCGCCAACCGAGUUCUGGAGUCAAAGGCGCGCGCUCCAUUGUUGGGGACACCGGUUCUAUAGAUGUCGCCGGCUGUACUUAUGUUGCUCACAGAUGACUCGUUCCGUGUUUGAAAAACCACAGACCCGUAUCAUGAUUUCAAACCUCCUCGAAUAGAAACAAAGAAGAUAGCCCGGAUUAAUUUUUGUUGUCAAGAAAAGCGAAAUCAUAUACAUGUAUAGAUUAGUUUUCGAUGUCUGCAGAUUGUUCCUUUGAGACAAUAUAUUCACUGGAGUAUUAAUUUGAUGACAUCGUAUCGGGAGGAGGUUCAUGCAUGGAGCCAAUCAGAAGGUUCGGUACAUUUCUUUUGGGAGUUUUAGUUAAGUUAGGCAUAGCUGGCCGAAACUUCGUCAAAAUUUUCUUCCAGAAUUGGCAUUUUGUCACCACAGCAUCGAGAACGGCUAACAGUUAAUUUCAUUGACAUCGUGACGACAGAUGAACGUUUGACUGGGCGAGAUUAUAGAAUUAAAAGACAAUCAGAUAGAAGCAAUACUGGCUGUUGAUGAGAAUUUGGCGCUCAAAAUGAAAUGAGAAAUCUUUGCAACAAAAUGAUAACUGGAUAGAAGAAAUCUUUUGGAACUCAGUCGUGAUCCUCUGAUAUAGAAGUGAUUUGUUAGAGAAUAUGGGGACCAUUCAUUGCAAUACUGGUUGUGACAAGGGAGAUGAGGGGAUUCAACCUCCAGAAACUCCAGAUCUAGAGGAACCAGUCAUCAAUGAAAUAGUCAUGUCGGGAGAAAAAGAGGCGCCUACGGUAGAAUCGUACAGUAAGCUCUUCUCAUGGUUAAUACAGAUGUCAGAAACAGACGAUGAAAACGAUAACUCCCCAAGAACCAAAAACGGAGACAACAAGAAAAACAACCAGUGGCGCCAGCUUUUGAAUCAAAAUUCCAGCUCGUUCGAAUCGCACUGCAGUUCGGAGCCUCCAUACUGGGGCGGGAUGUUUAUAUCGUCUGCUUCCGAGGACAUUCCCGAGGAGGAUGACAGCAACAUGCCGUCAAAGCAAAGCAGUUUUGAGGUGGAAUCUUUCCAAGAGCGACCUAGUAGGGAAUUUCAAGAAUCGAAAUUAAGGGUGCCAGUUCGUCGUGGGACGUUAGUGAAGCAAAAAUCUGUGUGCGACUCUCAAUACAGCGAAAGUGACUAUGCCGAAACGCGAUUCGACGUGCCGCAAAUACAGAUUGAAGAAAGUGACAGUUAUCCGGUCGAUCUGAAAACUAGAGAACUGAAUUUGCUUCGAGCAAGACUUCAAGAUAUACAAAAUAAAAAAUCAAGACAAAGAAAUGAUUUUGUCAAGCAGAAAUCUGAAUCUUGCGUCGAUCGAAUUUACCGACAUGACCAGACGUUUUUGAAAAGACGACGAAAAGCAGCGGCUUCAUGUGACAAUAUAAACAGAGGAGUUCUAAAAGUGCCAAGCAUUCAAACACAGAACAGCGAAGAUGACAUCACAGAGUCUUUCUGUGAAGCAGACGAUCAGAAAAACGCGGAGACAAUUCCUCUCCAAGAUUUGUCGGAACUAAACGAUACGAUUGACGCGGACAUUGCAAGUGUGAAAAACCGGAAGAAUGGAUUCCGAGAAAGAGUGUCGGAAUUCUGGAGCAAAAGUGUCGGAAGCAUGAUUGGAAAAGGCGCGCGCUCCAAGCCGCGGCCUUUGACGCGAAAAAGUAAUAGCUUAUUUACAGUCCAACCCAGUAUAGAUUCCCAAAUUAUGGGAGACGACCUGAAACGGAAUUUUUAUACCGAAAAAAUUCUUGAUGAUAAAUUGCUGGAUGGAAAUAUUGCCGAUAUUUUGUUUGCUGUCGAUGCAAUUUGGCCAAAGGCAUGAUUUUUGAUGACAUAUACCGGUAAAGAUAUGCGAUUUUUGCAAUAGACAACGGUAAACGAAGAAUUAUAUCAACGCGCUGAAUAAUUACUUCUUAAUUUAUCUGUCUCCAGCUGUUAUUUGAUUUUUACAUGUGAAUUAUAUUUCAUUCAAUUCCCACCGAAUAUUUACUUCAUUUCUUUUCCUUCAAGGUAUGAUAUAUUUUUUAUAUUUAGAGAAUUCUGUUAUGUUUUCAAAAUGAUUAGUAUUAAAGUCACAGUCAUGAUUGUGUAUUAUAAAAUCGUCUCUUAUGGGUGAAUAUUGAAUUUGAAUAUUAUCAUUAUAUAUGAUACCUAAGCAGGUUGUAAUUGAAAGAUCGAACAACGCAUCAGAUUUGCUUGACUUUGACAAUAUUUCGUGUUUGCUAUUGCUUGAUCUAGUUAUAUAACUUAUAUAACGGACUAUUUUUAAAUAUUUAUAGAGUCUGGAAGCAAUGAUGCAAUUUUUGAAAAAACCGAUUUAAUGACGUUUGUUGAAAGUGAGCAGAUAUUUCAACCCUUUUAAAGAUUAAUGAUAUUCCAUUCCGUGGCUUGAAUUCUCGGAAAAACGACAAGUUUGAUGUCAAUUUACAUUUUUUAAAUAAGUUUGUAAAUAAAAACCCAAAAAUCAAUGCCAUGCAGAAACACUACAUCUCUUCUGCAAUUACACGUAAAAAAGCAAUUUAAAAAUUUGAGGAUCGAAAAUCUGUUGGUAUACUGGUAUACCGAGAUUCAAAAAAUUGUGUACGUUUUCAGACGAGGCGCAAAAAUCACACCAUCGUGUUUUUGAAUUAUCAUCAAAAAGGCAAUCUUCAUCUAAAAAUGUACUUUGAAAAGAGUUAGAAAUAGAUGAAGACUAAUAAAAAUCCAAACAGGUGCAAUUCACAAAUCAUUAAGUGUAGAAUUUAUGGGUUACUAUCCUAUUUCCAAUUUUCAAGAGAACUUUACACGCUAUUUUCUACCUCUUGUCGACUAAAACUAGCAGAUGACUCCUGAUACAAAUUAUUCUCUAAUCCGGGAAAAAGCUCGUAAAACAUCAGGAUGCAGUGUGUGCUAUUUCUGAAAUAACGUCAUGACUUCUAAAUUUGUUCUUAUCUCUUUUUCUUUUUUCUGUCUGGUAUCUGUUCUCAGUCCACCUGCCGAGUCGGUUAGCCAGAAAGAUAAAGCUAUAGUGCCAUCCCAGCACAAAAAAAGUAUUCCAAAACAAGAAAUCGAUGACAGGUAUCAGACUCCAGGGAUUCUCUCUCACAAUCGACCGGCGACACGGAUCUACCACACGAGGAAACGGCCGUGAUUAUGCUACCAGUACAUCAGGUUAAUUAAUUAAAUUCCCCUCCCCUUUUUUCUGGAGAUCAAUACUUACUAGUCUAGUAGAAAUCGAAACCAGGCUGCAGAUGACCAAUUCAGUUCAAUUUCAAUUCAUUUUUUUCUUUACAAACAAUAUAAAUGUUACAAAAGGUACCACAUAAAUAAACCUGUUUACAUAAUUAUAUACAAACAAUCUGAAUGACCACAGCUGACUCAUUUUGCUUUUGGAGAAAGAUCUCAAUAAAUUUUGUUU